CUUUCUCCUCCUCCUCCCUCUGUCUCGCGGAAGCUGACUACCGAGAGUGCGCGCGCCCUUUCAGCACAUCACCGCCUGUCAUCAGAUAAACUUGGACAAGGAAACCGCUUCCUGCGUCUCCGAGGAUAUUUCACAUUGUCCCUCUGUCUCACUCUGAUAUCAUGGCCUCAGUCCUGGAGAAGCUCAUCACCUCCGUGAGCAGCGGUCCUGCUCAACCACCCACCAACAAGGUGACUGUGGUGGGAGUGGGGCAAGUGGGUAUGGCCUGUGCUGUUAGCAUCCUACUGAAGGACUUGUGUGAUGAGUUGGCCCUGGUUGAUGUGAUUGAGGACAAGCUGAAAGGAGAGAUGAUGGACCUGCAGCAUGGCAGCCUGUUCCUCAAGACCCACAAGAUAACUGCAGAUAAGGACUACGCAGUGACUGCAAACUCGCGCAUCGUGGUUGUGACGGCCGGCGUUCGUCAACAGGAGGGCGAAAGCCGCCUCAACCUGGUGCAGAGGAACGUCAACAUCUUCAAGCACAUUAUCCCUCAGAUCAUCAAAUACAGUCCCAACUGCACCCUCGUCGUCGUCUCCAACCCAGUGGACAUCAUGACCUACGUGACAUGGAAGCUCAGCGGUCUUCCUAAGCAUCGUGUCAUCGGCAGCGGCACCAACCUGGACUCUGCCCGAUUCCGCUACAUCAUGGCCGAGAAACUGGGCAUCCAUGCAAGCAGCUUCAAUGGCUACAUCCUUGGAGAGCACGGAGACUCCAGCGUGCCUGUCUGGAGCGGCGCAAAUGUUGCCGGCGUUAACCUGCAGAAGCUCAACCCGGCCAUCGGGACUGAUCAGGACCCUGAGAACUGGAAGGAUGUUCACAAGAUGGUGGUGGACAGUGCCUACGAGGUGAUUAAGCUGAAGGGUUACACUAACUGGGCCAUUGGAAUGAGUGUCGCCGAUCUGACUGAGAGCCUGGUGAAGAACCUGAGCAGAGUUCAUCCUGUCUCCACCAUGAUCAAGGGCAUGUACGGGAUCAAUGACGAGGUGUAUCUCAGCCUGCCCUGUGUCCUGAACUCCAGCGGCGUGACUAGCGUGAUCAACAUGACCCUUACUGAAGGUGAGGUGGGGCAACUCCGAAAGAGCGCCGAAACUCUGUGGAAGAUCCAGAAAGACCUGAAGGACCUGUGAAGUCAUCAUUUGGUGGCCACACACUUCUAACCCCUCCACACACAUUUUCUACUUCUUGUGUUGGAUGUGGAUUUAUCUUGUGUUGGUCAUUUUUGUUCACUUUAGGUAUAAAAGCUCAACCUCCAUCACAAUCUAUCAUUUUCUAGUGCAUUGUGAAUAAAAUGUAAAAUCACUUUCACACGUGUAGUGCAAACAAAGGAGUUUUGUAGUUUUUGUCAACAGGCGCCAGACACCCGUGUGUUCAAAAUGAUUUAAAAAUUCAAUAAAUCAUUGAUAAAAUCUUG